CGUGGAUGGCUCUUUGGGCGCCAUGUCGUCAGUCAUUCUCGCUUUCGGGCAGCCUGCUUCGGUGCAGGAGAUGCUCUUUUAUCAUGUUUUGGAUCCGACGAUAGCGACGCUCAAUACCACUCUUUCCGAGGCAAUAUUCCAAUCUUGGCCGCUUUGAUCGUCAUUUCUCUCUCUUUCAAAACAUUAUACGUUCGGUUACGCAGUCUAAGGGACGCAGAUAUGGGUGGAAGCCGUCUGUAUCUGGUUCCUUUCCUACUGGGAUUCUCCGCCAUCUUUCUUCUCGCCUUACACGGAACGAGUGCGCUCAAGUUACUCUGCAUACUGGCGACGAACUAUGGCGUAGCAAAGUGUUUUGGAGGCUCCAAGCUCAAUCCUUUACUUACAUGGUCAUUGAACGGAGCUGUGUUGUUCACCAGUGGGCUGUGCUCUGGGUAUCGGUUUGGAUCACUACACGCUACUCUAGAAUCAUUGGACGCUUGGCAAGGAAUAUAUCCACGGUGGUACAUUGUUUUCAACAUUACCAUGCUGAGGCUGGUGUCUUUCAAUAUGGACUACUACUGGGCUUGUUCUCGUGCAUCUUCAGUGCAAGACGCAGGAGAAUUAUCGACACAUAAACAGCGUACUACCAUGGCACAUGCCCUUGAAUUCUACUCCUUCAGUUACUACCUCGCCUAUGUCUUGUAUCCGCCACUAUACAUAGGUGGCCCAAUCAUGACAUUCAACGAUUUUGUUUGGCAGCUGAGAAAGCCGUUGCCUAUCUCAGCUCGUGGAAUUAUAGGAUACGCAGCACGCUUCGUUGUCUGUCUCCUCACGAUGGAGUUCAUUCUUCAUUUCAUGUACGUAGUGGCGAUCAAGGACACUACUGCCUGGUACGGGGACAGUGUUGCAGAGCUCAGCAUGAUAGGAUUCUGGAACCUAAUCAUCGUCUGGCUAAAGCUGCUGAUCCCGUGGCGAUUUUUCCGGCUUUGGGCCAUACUUGAUGGGAUCGAUCCUCCGGAAAACAUGGUCCGCUGUAUGGCUAAUAACUAUUCGGUCCUGGGCUUUUGGAGAAGUUGGCAUCGCAGUUACAACCUCUGGAUCGUCAGAUAUAUUUAUAUACCGUUAGGUGGAACGAAGAACCUGAAGUUUACGACAGUCCUCGUUUUCUCAUUUGUAGCCCUCUGGCACGAUCUGUCCUUCCGCCUUCUUGCUUGGGGGUGGCUUGUUAGUCUUUUCAUCCUGCCUGAAAUUGCCGCUCGCUAUUUUCUCACAGAAAAAGAG